UCGCCUGCACCCGCACCCGCACAGCAAAGGCGCCCACUUCUCCUCUGCUAUCAUUUCUCCACUUCUCCAGCCUGGCCGGACUGCCGGACUGACCGGACUGGACCAACACGCGCACACGCCCGCUGCUCCUCCCAGCUCCCUGCAGUGCAGAUCGACGACGAGGUCAGGAGGCUUUUGUUUGGUUGAGAGACCACAAACUCCACCACGGCCCAAUCACAGAGCACCCGCUUUCCUUUCUUUAACCCCGCUCCCACCGUGGACGCCGAAUCAUCGCUCGCCACUUUGGCAUCUGCCGGAAUCGAUACCACCACCACCACCACCACCACCGCGGCGCCAUAUAUACCGCCUCCCCUGCCACUGCCACUUCCCCUCUCCUCCCACGACCUCGCAUCCUUGCCCUGACACAGAAAGGCCGAAUCUUGCCUUGCCUUGCCUUGCUCCGCCGGGAUGAUGAAGGAGUCGUGGAUGGAGGUGCUGCCGCGCCCGCCGGCGCCCUACUUCCCCGGCCAGGCGGGUGGCUGGUUCCUGCAGGACACGCGACACGGCGCCGCCGGCGGGGCCUGGUCGCAGGAGGAGAACAAGCUCUUCGAGGAGGCGCUCGCGCGGGUCGACGGCGACGCGCCCGACCGCUGGGAGCGUGUGGCCUCGCUGCUGCCCGGCAAGUCGGUCGCCGACGUCGUGGCGCACUACGACGACCUCGAGAACGACGUCUGCUUCAUCGAGGCCGGCCUCGUGCCCUUUCCCCGCUACGACGCCGGUUCCCCGGCCUCCGGGUUCACCCUGGACUGGGACGGCGGCGGCGGGGACGACGCCCUCGCCUUCAAGCGCUCCUGCUACCUCGUCGGCGGCAAGCGCGGGCGCGGCUCCGACAACGAGCGCAAGAAGGGCGUGCCCUGGACGGAGGAGGAGCACAAGCUGUUCCUGAUGGGCCUGAAGAAGUACGGGCGCGGGGACUGGCGGAACAUCUCCCGCAACUUCGUCACCACGCGCACGCCCACGCAGGUGGCCAGCCACGCGCAGAAGUACUUCAUCCGCCUCAACUCCGGCGGCAAGGACAAGCGGCGCUCCAGCAUACACGACAUCACCACCGUCAACAUCCCAGACGACGACAACAACCCCUCGCCGUCGCCGCCCUCCUCCGUGCUCACCCACGCCUCCGCCUCCGCCGCUGUCCCGGACCAGUUCGGCGCCGCGCUCGUCGACAGCAAGCCGCCGCAUCAUGCGGCCCCUGCUGGCAGCGGGCACCACCACCACCAAUUCGUGCCCCAUCAUCUCUACGGCGGCGUCAAGCUCGAGGCCAGCGGCGGCGGGUACCACGGCGGUUGCAUCGACGACUCUGUUCUGAUGCAGAUGCAAUGCGGCCAGCUCCAGCCUCUCGGUUGA